AUGAGUUCGACUACAGCCUCAACUACCAGAAGUCAGCGAGUCGUCGAUUACGCUAUUGAGAACCAAUGUUUCCAUAAUCACCAAGGUGCCCCAUAUCGAUUUCGAGAUAUUGUCAGACAGCUACGAGAAACUGCGGAACCGGCAAAAGAGAAUGGGCUAGUUGAUCAGCCUGGACUAACUGCAGCACCUUUGCCUCGCACGAAGGUCGCAUUAGAGCCGUUUCUCGAAGAUGAAAGCUACGACAUCCCUAUAGACCCUAAGGUCCCUGAUUCUUCAGUAUUUAGAUUUCUAGGCCAAACAAAAAGCCUUCGACUCCCUUCGGAAAGCAUAGAUACAGGGCAUAAUCUGCAAAAAGAACUGUCACAAUAUCUACAAGAUAUCCGGAUUGCAAGCUCUUGCAACAUCCUGACCCAAUGGCUCCCAUUGACGUAUGUCAGUACUGAGAAAGAUGAAGGCCUUGGCUUUCCAUCCACCAUCUCACGAUGGCAAACAUUAGCCUUGCGUGAAUUGGAGGGUGAUGAGCCUACAUUUACGGAAUCUGACCACGCUUCGUUCUAUACACAGCAGGCACCAAAUCAGGCUUGCACGCCAGACCAAAUCAGACAAAUAUUCUCUCUAGAUAGACAUUACCGUUCAAACUUGGAGCCGGUGUCAGCUCCGCUUUCCCCUGCCUCUGACUUGGACGAACCAUUUCUUCCAAGCACAGGACAUAUGGUGAUCGAUCUGACCUCAGAACCAAGCACUCCAUCCAAUCCUGCAGUUGAGGACUUGGAUUGGAAUAUGCAACAUGGCUUUGUGGACUCCGAGCCUCCUGCCCCUUCAACUAUGCCCAGCUCUCCUCCGACAGGUAAGGCGGCUUUCUUGUCUAAUACAGCAAAGAAACAUUCAGCUCUCAAAUUAGACGUGCCGAUGUUGCCAUCUAGCACUGCUACCAGUCCAGCUCGGGAUAAUCUUGCAGAAACUUUGGCACCUCAUCUCCUGCGUUCUGAGGAAGCACCCCAGUCUUCAGCUGAGGAUGGGGCAUAUUUCGAAGAAGCAUUGCAGUCUAUAUUAGAUGAGAAACACCACCAGGCAAAUCUACGAUUGGAACAAGAACGAUUGAACCCAGAAGGCGCUUUAUUACGGUUGCGGGUACCAGCAGUUGAUUUUCAAAUACCUGAUCCUGAAUGGAUGUUACACUUGUCCGUUUUGCAGGAUCAUUUUGAAUGGCUACAACAAUUUUCCCCCAAGGCCUUUCAUCUGACCUGCUACAAGGACCUAAGUCGUCUCGAAUCAUCACUUAAAUGGACACCAAUCCCUCAGAAGAGUGGCAAAGUUUCAUUGACCGAGGCAUCAAUUCAGUUGGGACCUGUUGCGAGAGAGUUGCUUACCCUAAGGCCUCCCCGACUAUGCAGUCACAACUACAUCGUUUCUCGAAACUUACCAAUGGUGCUCCAAAUUCUGACCGAUGAAGAGAUUGAACAAGAAGUUGCCUCAGUUGUGGUGUCGUCGCCAUCAAUCGGUCACCAGAAUCAGGACGGCUCGACGGCUACUUCGAAGUCUCAGAAGCCUCAUGUUGCACAGUCUUUGAAGGAAUUAAUAGCUUCGACAACCGAAAAGGCCGAAGAAAAGCAGCAGCUCCUCUCAAACUUCGGCAGCCCCAAGGGCCAUGCCCUCCAUGACCGAUCCUACAAUACUUCCCGUUAUCCAAGAAGAGGCCCAGAGCGAGCUGCAAGACGCCCCGGUUCCAAAUCUCGACAUUCCUCAUGA